AACCUUUGCUAAUGUAGUGGUCCAGUCUAGUGUUGAAAAAGUUACGCCUCAUCGAGCACACGAGCGACGUUACGAGGGUAUCACGGAAUAACCCGAUACAUUUGUUUAAAUAAUGUUUUUCUUCAACACAAAAUAUAAGAUGGCUGCUACUAUAUUUCACGACAGCAGCCCCACGCAUAUACAUAGGUAUAAAGCGAAGCGCCUACUGAUUGACGAUAUGGACGAGCGCUUCUAAUUGGCCGAAGGGGCUAAAGCCGCUGUCGCAACGACGAGUACGAGCGACGCGCUCGCUAGGCGGCUUCUCGAUUGGCUCAAAUAUAUUUGCAAUAGCCGCGCGAGGAACCCGGCUGGGGUUUUAGCGUCGAGGCGUUUUCACCGUUCCCUCGUUCCUCGCAGCGCGUUUCGUACCCACUUUUCACGCCGCUUUUCGUCGCCGCGAACAGCGACGAUGCGCCCCCGCCACACCGCAAAAAUUAUAUAUUUUUUUUCCCCUCACUAUUUCUUUCGUCUAUCUUGCUUUUUCUCUCUAUCUCACUCUCACUCUCACUCACUUACUCCACUCUCUCGUUCUCUUAUCUAAUCGACCAUGCCGAUUCGUAUCACGACGCUCUCUGUACACGUUUCGUCCCGUUACACCCUCGAAACGUCCAAUCCGCACCACGAAUUAUAAUAAACGUGAUACCGGCUAGUGUCGGGACACGAGUAUUAUUGAAUGUUUUUAUUUUAUCACAGUUCUCUCUCUUUCUCUCCCUCUGUUGUCCGUCCCCCUCUCUCUUUCUCUCUCUCUCUCUCUCACGGCCUCCCCACUCGUUUUCUUUGAUCGCGAAAAUUAUGUGUUUCGAUGAUGAUCGCGGGACCGCAUGUCUCCGGAACGACUCGCGACGACGCGCCACUGUGUACUGCCGCUUACGGCUAUAUAUGGAACGCUUAUCACUCCGGGGGGGUUUCGGUGAGAGGACGCCGCUGUCGCUCUCACUCGCUUUCGCUCACUCGCUUCUCUGUGCGCUCGCUCACUCGCUCUCGCACGCCCGCUGCCCACCGUUCACCACCACAGCCUUUCCGACUCUGCGCGUUUUGUGCUAGAACCCUAAUAACAACAUGUCGGUGAAAAUAUCAUCCGCUGCUCCUGCUCCGCGGAGAAAGAGAGAAAGAGUCCAGUCAAGGGCACUAUAAAAACGGCGGCAAUCGCACCGAGAGGGCUCUCCCUCGCUCCCUCUUUCUUUCCUUUCUCUCUGUUACUCGCACACAACCAUCUCUCAUUAGAUAUUCCCUAAGAAUAAUUUUACCCUUGCUCUGCCAUUUGUGUACACGGAACGAGCAACGAAAGUAUGAAUGGGUAGAAAAUACGUGAAUUGAAAUCGCAAAUCUCAACAACAUAAAUAUACAAACAUUAUAAGAUACAAUAUAUGAACGAGAGAAACGUGACUAAAUAGGGCGAUCGGAGUAUCAUCGGCUUGACUUAUUAUACGAAAUGGCAUCUGCAACGAGAAACGUGAUGGACAAUUCACUGAACGAUCCAGUGACGAAGGCAGUCGUUGACAACAUAAUGGGAAAUUUACCAACAAAAAAGCCACCGGUACGAUGCGUCGAUUGCGAUCUAUGUUUCACCAGCCAAACUGUACUCGAGUGUCAUCUCCAAGGCUCUCGUCAUGCUAAACAGAUUAGAUCAAAAACUAUAAUGGCUUCCCUGGAAGAGACGAAAGUCGCGUUCAGCAAGGACCAAGAAGCAAACAGUCUCAAGUGCAAUGUUUGCAACGUCUGUCUCAAUUCCAUUCAGCAACUGCAAACGCAUCUCAACGGCAAUCGUCACAAGAAGAAAGCAAUGAAAGGUGGGUGGACCGGGACCGAGGUGACCCAGGGUUCUUCCGUCGGAUCUGCAUCGACGGUGACGAGUGUGAAAAUCGUUGCCUCCGCGAAGCCUUCAAAUCCAGCGGCUAGCACAAAGUCCUCCAACUCGAAUGUCAACAAAGGAGUUACGUUUUCGUGCGACGUUUGCAACAAAUUUUUCAACUCAAAAACCCAAUACGAUGUGCACAUCUCGUCGAAAAAACAUUCGGACAGGCUCAACAGAGGAGCCGCGAAGAACCCAAAGAAAAAACGCUUCUUUCCCUAUUGGAAAAAAUCGAAAGCACUGGAAAACGCCGACGCCCAAAUACCAAUACCAUCGUUGGCAAAUAACUUUGUUUCAGGCGGCUACAACUCGUAGAAAUCAUUUUACAUGGUGGAAUGACAAAGUUUGGAAAAAUUCGGUUCGACGUUGUAACAGCAGUGAUAAGAAAAAAUCUGCUGUACCGAUAAAACGCAACGCCACGUCCAAUCUCUUUUAUAUUGCAGAUGGACGUUAAUUAUAGAGUUUGAUUAUUCCAAUCUUUCUGGCACACACGGCAACUCGUUUUUUGCUCUUUCCUUUUCUUCUGCGUGUAAAAAUAUCUUCAAAAGAAAACCGAAAAGUAUAAAACAAACUCCAAAGCAUUCCGAUACAAAAGCCUCUUUUUCAUUUCACUUCGUUUAGUAUUUACAAUUGCAAACUUUAUAAAGUAUUGUUUGAAAUUCUUGGUCCGAGAGACAUCGAAUCGUCGUUUUCGGGCUGAAAAAAACAGUCUGUGAUUAAUAAUUAUUCAGUAAUUAUUUUCUUUUUUCUCAAGUUUAACAUUUUUGUAGAAGAUUUAAGAGCCAAAUGACUGUAAUUGCGUGGAUCUCAAAUAUAUAAUUAUUAAUAUUAGUCCUAAA